AUGUGCCUUCAGCGGUUUUCUUUGCGUGGGAAUUUCGAAUUCAAACCUUUCAUUGAUAAUACUUUAAAACAUUUAAAGGAAAAAACAAUGGCUGCAGAAGAAGGUGGUGUUCCAGUUGAUCUCUACAUCUAUGAUUUGACCCAUGGACUUGCUUCGCUGCUGUCUCCAGCAAUCCUGGGGCGACAGAUCGAGGGCGUUUGGCAUACGUCUGUGGUUGCCUUCGAUCGGGAGUUCUUCUAUGGCGGCUCGGGCGUGACCAGCUGCGCUCCGGGCAGCACGCAGCUGGGCGCCCCCCACCAGGUGGAGCGACUGGGCAACACGUUCGUGCCCUUCCAGGUCUUCGUCGACUAUAUGCAGGGCCUCGCAACAACCACAUACACGCCCGCCGCGUACCGCCUGCUGGAGCACAACUGCAACCACUUCAGCGACGAGGUGGCCCAGUUCCUGUGCGGCGCCAGAGUGCCCAAGCACAUAGUGGCGCAGCCCGAGCAGGACCUGCCGCCCCCCCUGCGGGGUGCGCUCACCGCACUCCUCGACCAGCUCGUGCCAGCUGGGGACCAGACGGUGUACGCGAACGGAGUACGCCACAGCCGCCAAGACAGCCCCGACUACCUCACACUCAACAACCAAAUCGAGGAGGCCAGGCUGCAGUCGCAGGAGCUGGAGCAGCGACGGAGCACCCUCGCCGAGAAGCUCGCGCGCAAGGAGCGCCGCCGCGAGAAGAAACGGAAGAAGCACCAACGGGAUCACCCCGACGGGCAGCCCGCUGAUGACCUCGAUGAUGUUUACGAAGCGGGCCGCGAUUAUAAAUAUAUAAGUGCGUGGCGCGCCUGGCGUGGUGCCAGGGCGGUGGGCGGGCCGGGCAGUCGGUGCCCGGCGGCGGUGUGCAGUGCUCCCUUGGACUGCAGACGGCUGCAGCGCGACUCUCCGCUGUGGCGGCCACUUUCGUCUGGAAAUAGACCGCCGACUGUUUUCAGUCUAGUGUCGACAGAGAUGGCGGAAGGUGUGGAGACAAUGGAGAUGCCGGAGGCUGCGCGAGCUGGACCAAGCUCUCGCGCCCUCGACAUAGAGCCUGACUCGGAGCCGCGCAGACCCCCUCGCGACCCGCCAAUUGUCUUCCGCGACCUCGAUGGCGCGUCUGAGUUCGAGGCGCUGUCUAAGGCGCUGGAGAAGGCGGACCUGGCCGCGGAGGAGAAACAGAGCCUGGACGAGCUGCAGCAGUACCUCGUCCACGGCGAGGGCAGCUGGGUGCUCGGCGACGAGUUCCUCAGCUUCAUCGGUCGCUUAUUGACGGACCAGUCGCUGAGCGGCGAGGUGCGCCGCGCCACCCUACGGUGCCUGGCGGCCGCCGCGCUCAGGGACGACGUGUCCCUGAUCCUGCACCAGGACAGGCGGCACCACGCGCUGCUCGGCUACGCGCACUCCGUGGACGGGCUGCCGCCGGCGGAGCAGCACGCGCUGGCCCUCUUCAUGUGUAACCUGUUCGAGCACGCUUCGUCAUCCGAGUGGCUGCUUUACAUCAGCGAGUGGGAGGCGAACGGCCACCAGCUGUCCAACAUACGCGUCACGACCAAGGUGUGCGUGCAUUGCGCGCUCAGCGAGGAGGCGGAGUUGCGCGACGCGGGAACGGCGUUGCUCUACAACGUGGCCACCAAGGAGGUAAAGACCGUGGUGUUCGACGAGGUGUGCGUGGAGCUGGCGAUGGCGGCGCUGCAGCUGCUGAGCACCGCGCCCGCCGAGGAGCACCUCUGGCGCACGUGCUCCGCCCUGGCGCGCCUCUCGCAGCACUCCAACGACGUGCCGCAGCUGGUGGCCGUGGUGGGCCCGGACCCCUCCGCGUACAGGGGAACCAGUCCGCGAGUGGAUGAGCAAAUAGACCUCAUAAUGCAGAAGGUCAAG